GCCAUCGAACCACGCACUAUCUGUAGCCUGCCAUGGACGACGAGGAGAACCCAUGGGCGGACACUGAGCCCUCGAAGACGGUCGUCGCUGUCUCGCAACCCGUAGCGCCGACAUCGAUGCCAGCCGCUUCUACCUCAACCCUCCCGACGACUUCCAUCUCGGCAACACCCGCCCCCUCAGCAACUCCCACUCCCUCACCACAUACAGCCCUCACCCACUCGCCUCCAAAGACUGGACUUCUCCUCCUCAUCUUUAUCCACGGCUUCAAAGGCUCAGCCGAGACGACCUUCGAGGACUUUCCCUCGCGCCUCUCCCAUCUCCUCGCGGAGACCCACCCAAGCUUGGCCGUUUGCUCGCUCGUAUACCCGACGUACGAUACCCGUGGCUCCCUCGAUGUAGCUGUGAGCAACUUCGUAGAGUGGCUGGAGGAACAAGUGCUGGGACUGGAGAGUAAGCCAGAGUACGACAAGCAGGGGAAAGAGGUGCCUUUUGGCAAGAGUGGCAGGGGUGGCGGGAGGGGAACCGUUGGCGUAGUACUUUGUGGCCAUAGUAUGGGCGGCCUCGUCGCAGCGGACGCUGCGCUGAGGGUAGCGAGGGACAGUGAGGCUGCGACGGGCGGCAAAGAGGGGCAGGGCGAGUAUUGGCCGAAUGUUGUGGCGGUCAUUGCCUAUGAUUCGCCGUAUUGGGGCGUUCAUCCCAAUGUGUUCCGACAUCAGGCCACCAAAUACAUCUCCUACGCCCAACAGGCGCGAGACGUAGGCACGCAUCUCGCUCCCAUUGGCGCUGGCAUCGCUGCGAUAUGGGGCAUGAAUCGCAAUCAGCAGCAAGAAGCCACUCGCACACCGUCCUGGUCAUCCAGCUCUUCUAAAUGGAGUCGCUCCCUCUGGACCACAGGCGCCUUCGCCACAGCAGCUGCUGCAGUCGGAGGGUCAGUUGCUGCCUACUACCAUCGCGAGCACAUCAAUGGAGCGUACAGCUACCUCACCGACCAUUUCGAGUAUGUGGCCAACCUUUGGGACGACACAAGUCUACGGCGCCGGCUCAACGAGCUUGUGGAGAAGAGACGAGUCCUUUUCCAUGCCUACUACAACGUCCUCCCUGCCCAUGGGCCUGCACCAGGAGGUGGAGCUAGAGUUGCGGGAAGGAAGAGAACCUUCAUUGUUCUGCCGCCUCUCUCUAAUGAGAGGAUGGCGAGGCUUGUGGAGCCGAUUGAAGACGAGAAGGCAGGGGAUGAGGUUGAGGCUCAUGUGGGGAUGUUCACUCCUUCCAAGAACCCUACAGGGUACCUCCGUCUGGUGCAUGGGAGUGCGGCCCUCAUUGGACGACGAAUCGUCGAGGGAUUCGGCCCACCAGAAGGGCCAGAGAGGGGCAGCGACGCAUCGAAUGCUCAACAACAGGGCGAAUCGCAGGUUCCGCUGGAGAGGGACGAGGGCUUAAGGAUGGGAGAUGAGGGUAUGGAAGAGGAGGAGGAGGAGGUGAAGAAAGCGAUGCAUGAUUUGAGGGAGCGGCAGGGUAGAGAGGGAAGUGCGGCGAGCGUUGAGGACAGCCUGUAGCGUAGCGCAGCGCAUUUUCGUAUGGAUACCAGUGUGAUUGCCGCUGCUGCGCCAGCUAUAUGUGAAUAAUAGUACAUCGGUCU